GUUCAAGGCACUCGCACAGGGCUGCGGGGCGGGGUCGCCGUUGGCACCCGUUCCUGCCCCCCCCCUCGACGCUGCCAAUGGGAUGGACAACGGCCUCCUGACCGUGUCGGUCAGCCCCCGCGAGCUCCUCGGGACCUACGGCGUGCCGAGGGCCGCCGCUGUCACGGGGUCGGCGCUCUUCGCCGCCAGCACGCUCCGGAGAUCUUUCAGCAGCCCAAGCUUCGGCGGGCCCGCGUCGUCCAGCCCCUCCCGCGCGAGGACCCCCGCCAGCGCCCCCGGCACGCGCCCCGCCCGUCGCGCGCCGGGGGCGCUGUCGCUCGCGGAGCUGAGGGGCAUCGUGCUGACACGGGCGGGCGCGAGCCCGAGCGCGUCCGCAUCGCAGCGAUCCCUGGACCGCACCCUGAAUCCCUACUGGCCGGCCUACGCCGCGGACUUCUCGUCGCCGUGGGACCCCGUCGACGACGUCGAUUGCGUGGCCUCGAGGCAGUCGACGCAGUCCCGGCUGGGGUGGUGCGUCAGCCAGCCUGGCGACAGCAGGGGCUCGACGGCCGAGACCCGGGCGGGCGCGGCGGGCGUCGCCUGCCCCGCCCCGGCGCGCCCCGCGUCGGAGCCCGCGCCGAAGAGGGCGUCGGAGCCAGGCGGGAGCCUGUCGGUCGGCGCGCGGGCCCAGCGCAGCCGCCCGUCGGCCACUUUCGCCGACGGGCCGCCCCCUGGCGUCGCGGAGGACGCCCACGGCGCGCCCGAGCUCCGGGAGGAGGACGACGGCGGCGGCGCCGCGCCAGAGCGCGGCCAGGGCCGCUCCGCGCUCCGCGCUGGGGGUGAAGGCGAGUCGAGCCAGCGCCUCAGGUCGUUCAGGCACAGCACCUCCAGCGCGCCCAGCUACGGCGUGCACCGCGGCAGGUCCAAGAAGUACAACCCCUUCGCACAGAUGAUCCAGGAGCGGCCCCUGGCGGGCCCGUACAACAUGGGGGAACAGAACGUGAUCGGCAAUUUGAUCCAGGCGCGCCUGACGCGGCGAGACGGCGAAAAGCCAGUUCGGGCCAUGCAGCGCCUCGGGCGUCAGGCGCCCACUGUGGUGCCCGCUCAGUGCCUGGGCGGCGCCAGCACCCUGCUGGGCUCCUUCAUCCUGGCGGGGCGGUGCCAGUUGGAGGCGGAGAGCUACUGGUCGGACGGGGAGCUCAGCAACGUGCAGGCGGUCGUCAACGCCACGCACGACAGGCAGCCCUACCACUACCCACGCACGGCGAAAAGCCAGGUGGGUCAGUGGGUCGUGGUGGACGCCCGCGGCAACGAGCUCGCGAGCAACCGCGUGCUCGACAGGGAGACGCCGGGGAUCCUCGAGGUUCUCCGCCGCGGAGGGGACGUGCUGGUUCACUGCAACCAGUCGUUCCGCAGGGGCCCCGUGACGUGCGCGGCCCUUUUCAGGCGCUGCACGGGCCACGACGCGCAGGCUUUCCUGGACUUCCUGGCGACGCGCCGCCGCAUCUGGCGCGGCCACGAGAGCGGGUGCCCGGACCGCAAGAAGAGGCACGACCAGGGGCUCCUGCUGGCCCAGGCCUGGGCCAGGGCGCAGCCGCCGCCGCGGCCCCACUCAGCGGCGCCCGCGCUCAGGUCGCCGACCCGCGGCUCCACUGAGGCCGCCUCGCCGCCGCAGCCGCCGCCACAGAAGGCCGCGCCGCGGCCGCUGCGGUCAGCGCUGCGCGCGUCGGCGAGAAGCCAGGCGCAGGGCAUUCUGAACGUCCACAUGGGCUCCGAUACGGGGCCCGCGGAGUCGUUCAAAAGCGCCACGACGGAGCCGUGCACGCACCUCAACGACAACAAGUGGCUGUACAGGGUCCUUCGGCGCGGCGAAAAGCCAGCGGCGCUGCGCCAACCAAAGGACUUCGGCUGCUUCAGCCACGACGAGUUCCGCGCCCUCCUGCUUCAGUCGGUCGCCUUCGGCAACGACCCCGCGCAGCCGUCGUGCUUCCUGCACGCGACGAUGCGCUUGCCGAAGGCUUGGUCCCUUCGCAACGAGCGGGCCCACUUGUACUCCAACUGGUUGGUCCGUUUCCCGAUGGAGAUGGACGGCGUCACGGUCGUUGACCUGACGAGCUACCGUUCGGCAGGCAAGUACCUCAACGACGCCGCAGGCGACAGCGCGCACAUCCGCCAGUGCCUUCAGGUGGUGCGCGGCUACGCGGCCAAGGACCAGGAGGUCGUUCUUUUGCAGCGCCCCCCGCUCGAGCUCAUCGAGUGGUGGUCCGAGGCGGAGGGCCGCUGGCGGCCCGCCACGGACCUCGUCGACGCAGGGCGCGCGCUGCCAGCGGCGGCGACAAGCCAGCAGCCCCAGGAGCAGCAGGGGCUGGGCGACCAGGGACGCGGGCACGACGACGCCCUGGCCGACGCCUCCUUCGACGAGGUGUUCGCCGCGCAGGAGGCGCUCGUGCGAGCUCUGAAGCGCCGCGCCGCGGAGGCCCUCGGCGCCGACAAGGACACGUCGGAGGCGAAGCGCCGCGAGGUCGAGGAGGCAGCGGGGCUCAUGGAGCGCGCGCAGAGGCUGCUGCAGCAGGCUGCCGAAGCUGUGCUGCCCAGCGCGGGCGCGGAGGAGCUGACCGAGGAAGCGGCGGCCGAGCCUGCCCAGGAGGAACCGACGCGGCGCGAGUACGGCAGGGAGCUGUUCGCCUUCUCGGAGUUCGUCCGCGGCGACCAGCCAGGAGCUCCAGGACCAGCCGAACUUCUGCUCCAGGCUUGCUACGCAGCGAACCAGAACAGGGAUGGCACGCCGCUGGUGCUCUCCCAGUUGCUCCCGCACUUGACGGCGACAAGCCUGAACGAGGAUGAUGCCUACGGCUGGGCGCCCCUGCACAUCCUCGCCCAGAACAAGAACAACGCGAACGACAAGUGCGAGAUGAUGCGGCUGCUGCUGGACGCCCGCGCUGACCCCGACGUCAGGGGCAGGCGCGGCGCGACCCCGCUCUUCAAGGCUGCGGGCACCGCGGCGACAAGCCAGGCGCGCGUCCUCCUGGAGUGCGGGGCGGACGUCAACUUGGCCAGCGAGGACGGGGCCACGCCGCUGGACGCCACCUGGGCCAACAGGGCGUGCAGGGACGUCAUCAGCGAGAAGGGCGGCCAGAAGGGGCAGGGCGUCUCUGGCAAAGGAAGGCCGCUGGGGGCGGCAGCGAAGGCGCGCUGGGACCGCUACAACAGCUGGACGGGCCCCAAGGGGAAGGACGCGGGCAAGGGCGACCGCGGCAAGGGCGGCGACGGCAAGGGGCCCAGGCGCUGA